AUGUUCUAUUUUCAUUUGACCAGGAAACAACGACGAGAUGAGCUGCUUCAAGAGCAGCAACGACAAAGUGGCCAACUGCACAAGAAAACUGGUCCUUUUCAUUCGGAACGUAUGGAACGGUGUAAAAACUGCUGUAAAUCCGUAACAACAUUUAUAUUUUCACGUGUUGGACUUUGUUUACUCGUUGUGGCAUAUGCGUUUGCUGGCGGCGUUGUAUUUCAAUUACUUGAAGGGCCUCAUGAAGGCGAAGUUAGUCAAGGUGUUCAUCGACGUUUAAAUAUAACAGUAGAACGAUUAUUUAACACGAGUGAACAAUCAAAAGUUUUACAUGUAAAUAAUUGGACAACGAUGGCUAGACAAAUACUUGAAGAAUACCAAUUAGAUUUAGUUCGCCAAACAAAACGUGGUUAUCAAGGCGAACGUUUUGAAGAUGAUACUAAACAAUGGAAUUUUCCAGGUGCAAUUCUCUAUGCUAUUACAGUUAUUACAACAAUCGGCUAUGGACAUAUAACUUGCAAAACAAAUUAUGGAAAAAUCAUGACAAUGAUCUAUGCUAUAUUUGGUAUUCCUCUAAUGUUAUUAUGUCUAGCAAAUAUUGGUUCGACAAUGGCUGAUGCAUUUCGUUUUAUCUAUUGUAAUGUUUGCUGUUCCUAUUGUAAUAUGAUAAAGAAACGUCGUAAUAUUCGAGCAUUACAAUCAGUUGAAUUAUCACAGAAUUCAUCAUCAUCAGUUCCAAAAUUUCCCAAUGUAACAACAUCACCACCAAGUUCUCUAGCAACAGUAUCGACCAAUCAUAUUGAAUCUAAGCCAUCGACAAGUGUUGUUGAAUUUGUUGAUAAUUUUAAUAUUGAUUAUCGUAAAGCAACAAUACCAAUUAGCGUUACACUUUCAUUAUUAUCAUCAUAUUUAAUACUUGGAGCCGUGCUUUUUAGCGAAUGGGAAAAUUGGAAGCUUUUAGAUGGUGCUUAUUUUUGUUUUGUUACACUUGCAACAAUCGGUUUAGGCGAUCUUGUACCAGGAAAAUCAAUCACAUCAACACAAGUUGAAGGUAAACUUGUUAUAUGUGCUCUUUAUGUUCUUUUUGGUUUAUCAUUAAUGGCUAUGUGUUUUAAUUUGAUGCAAGAGGAAGUACGCGCUAAAUUUCGAAGACUAGGAAAUAAACUUGGAAUUAUUGAUGAUCCGAACUUUUGGUAA